AUGGCACCGACCACUCUGGAGGGAGCCCUCUGCAGUCUGACAGACACAAAUCCUGAGUCUGAACCCCUCAUCACAGCCUUCCUACAAAAAGCACUGGACAAAAAAUCCAGCAAGCUGAUAUCAAUCUGGCAAGCCAGUGUGACCGAGAUAAAGAAGGACGUACAGGAUCUAGGCUCCCGCAUGACACAUGUAGAGACCAAAAUGGAGGAGAUCGUGGAUGCCCACAACACAGCUGUGGGUCAAAUUCAACAUCUGACUGCACAGCUUGCGCAAUGUGAAGCAGAAAUUAUCGUCCUCAAAGAUCGGUCCAGACGCAGCAAUAUACGCCUGAGGGGGAUCUCAUUGUCCCUAAAAUGCCAUUGGACAUGCUACAUUUUGGACCUUCUAAACAGAGUCCCAAAACCCCAACAUACUGUGGCCUCGCUGCCUCGAGAUGUACUCCUAUAA